CGGACGUACAGUGAGCGUCGUGGUGCCGUAUAUUGUGUCGCCGGCUGGUCCCAGGGAAUGGGAGCUGGACAACAUCAGGAAUGUACCAGGGUCAUGAGUGAGCUAGAGCGAAUGUCGUUGCAAGGAAUGAUGGCGUUAUUGUUGGCUAUGGCUGUCUGUGUGGAGUGCUGGGAUGUCAAGGAGCACCUGGCACACACCGGCUCAUGCCGUUGCUGGAACGGAACUGAUCCAGAACUAAUGCCAGGAAGUCUUUGCUACGGAGACAUUUUCCUAGAAGUUCCCAAUAACCUGACGUGGUCACUCAGGAAACUGACAAUCACCGAUGCCGGGAUAUCUGUCCUUCAAGCGGACUCUCUACAGCCGUACAGGGAGCUGCGAGAGUUUACUGUAAUGAACGUCCAACAUUUACACCUGCUGGAGCCUGGAAUAUUCUUAAAUAUGAUGUACCUGCAAACUAUAUAUAUUUACAACGCUCCAGCUCUCGUGCAGGUGUUGCCAGCAGUGUUUAACGUCUCUCUGCCUCAACUCAAGAUACUACGAAUCAUUAAUACAGGACUAAAAUUUGUUCCAAACUUCAGCCAAUUAACUACAGCUGCCGCCCUAAUAAUGGUAGAUCUGGAAAACAAUCAGAUACAAAAGCUCACCACUGACUGUGUCCAAAUUCGUGCCGAGUCUUUGGUACUGAACUACAACGCGAUAACGGAAGUGGAAAAAGGUGCCUUUAACCAAUCUCAGAUUGCCACAGUGAGCUUGAAAGGGAACCAGCAUCUCUCCAAGCUACACGAGAGUGCUUUUGAGGGUCUGAAAAGCCUUCGAUCCCUCGAUUUAUCAGAGACGUCUAUCAGUGUUCUGCCUAUAAUUGGACUGCAAGAGCUGGAUGUGUUGCGAGUUGAAGAUACAAGAACGCUCAAAGUCUUCCCGUCCGUCUACAACUUUGAAUACAUUCAAAAGGUCUACCUGACUUAUGCUUACCACUGCUGCGCUUUUAAAUUCCCAGCGAAGCACAACAUGCUGGAGCAUUAUCGUCACCAACAAUUCCUCCAGAAGUUGGAGAGAGAUUGUGAGAUGUUAGAGGAGGAGUUGGAAGAAGGUGCAGAUCACGGAGAACCACUCGUUAGAAAAGAGAGAAGUUGGGAUAAUGAGCCCUGGCUAACGGGAAACGAUACUGUACAAAUAUGGGGUCCUCUGCAGACAGCGCCUUCGCCCUUCCUGCAGCCUACAACACCUAGUCUUGGCCCUUUCGGCACCUUCCAUCAGAAGGGAGUGACAGUGGGCGUCGGUCGUCGUAUCCACAAGAUGUGCGGGAACCUGAGCAAGAACUACCAGGAGGUGCUUUGCUCGCCAGCCCCGGAUGCCUUCAACCCCUGCGAAGACAUCAUGGGAAACUGGAGCCUCAGGGUGGCGGUGUGGCUGGUGUCCGUGCUGGCCCUCUUCGGUAACCUCGCCGUAAUCUUCGUCCUGCUCUCUUCGAGAUUUCGCUUGACUGUCCCUAAAUUCCUCAUCUGUAACCUUGCUCUCGCCGACUUCUGCAUGGGCGCGUAUCUGCUGCUCAUCGCGAUUAUGGACGCGAGGUCCAUCGGUGAUUACUUCAACUACGCUAUUGACUGGCAAAAUGGUAACGGUUGUAGGAUGGCAGGUUUCCUGACGGUAUUUGCCUGCGAGCUAUCAAUUUUCACCUUGUCAGUGAUCACGGUGGAGCGCUGGUACACCAUCACAUACGCCAUACACUUGAACCGCCGUCUGAGGUUGAGCAGCGCAGUCAGGAUCAUGGUGGGCGGCUGGGUAUACUCUACCGUCAUGGCCGCUCUACCCCUACUUGGAGUCAGCAGCUACACCAAGACCAGUAUAUGUUUGCCUCUGGAGAAUCUGAAGGCCCUGGACCUCUCCUACCUGCUGACUCUGGUGCUGUUCAACAGCCUCGCCUUCUCUGUGAUCUGCGCCUGCUACGGCCGCAUGUACUGUUCCAUCCGAGGCGGCCAGGAUGCCGCAGCCUCCCUCACCCGCUCUGACCUCACGGUUGCCAAGCGGAUGGCGCUUCUAGUCUUCACCGACUUCGCCUGCUGGGCACCCAUCGCUUUCUUCGGCAUUACUGCUCUUGCCGGGUAUCCUCUUAUUGAUGUGUCCAAGACGAAGAUCUUGCUCGUGUUCUUCUACCCUCUGAACUCCUGCGCCAAUCCCUACUUGUACGCCCUUCUUACCCAGCAGUAUCGCCGGGACCUGUUCGUGCUGCUCAGCAGGCAUGGUCUCUGCUCCCGUACCGCUGCCAGGUAUAAGGGAACGGGAGUCAUUCAUCGAGGUAAUGCCCAAGCGACUCAGAGACGGGAGACAAUGCCAGAAAGUGUAAACCAUCGUGGGUCACUACUGACAACGGUGACCUCUCUCGACUGCCCGACUCGACCCGGCUCUCUAGACAUGGUGCCGGAGUGUCCUCUGUCCAUACUCUCCAGGGAACACAGUGAGCAUGUGCUCAACAAGUGUAGUUCAUACCUGUAGUAACAAUCACCAUCACCGUAGGUCACUAUUGACAACAGAGAUCUCCCACGACUGCCGGACCCGACCCGGCUCUCUAGACAUGGUGCCGGAGUGUCCUCUGUCCAUACUCUCCAGGGAACACAGUGAGCAUGUGCUCAACAAGUGUAGUUCAUACCUGUAGUAACAAUCACCAUCACCGUAGGUCACUAUUGACAACAGUGAUCCCCACGACUGCCGGACCCGACCCGGCUCUAUAGACAUGGUGCCGGAGUGUCCUCUGUCCAUACUCUCCAGGGAACACAGUGAGCAUGUGCUCAACAAUAGUGUAGUUCAUACCUGUAGUAACCGACACCAUCAUGUAUUGUGUAGUUUGACCUCACAAAAGAUUUGCAUAACUUGACUAGUACUGUACACGCGAUUGUUGAGUUCUAUCCUUGCUCCCUAGGGGUAUUGUGAGAACGAAUUCAUCAAGUAUAGUCCAUACCUGUAUUAGCGAGCACCAUCAUGUAUUUUGUGAUUAAUUUCAAAUCAGAAUCUGUAUUUUAAUUAGGCUUUCAUCACUUGAAGGCUGUGUUCUGUCCAUAAUAUCCAGCAUAUAGUGACGACGAGCUUAGGGAGUGUUGUUCAUACCGUCCUGUAGCAGUCAACACCAUCAUGUAUCACGUAUAGUGAAAUUUGACCUCAUGUCGGAUUGCUUAAUUUGACCAUGUUCUUUACACGUUGCGGUAUGAGUUCUGUCCAUACUCUGCAGGGUAGAGUGAGCACGAGUUUACCAAGUAUAGUUCAUGUCUGUAGUAGCUAACACCAUUAUACAUAGUGUAAUUUGAGCACACAUCAGAAUAGGAUGAUUUUGCUAAGAUCUUUACACAUGAACAUGGACUGUGUUCUGUCUACACUCCCCAGGGGUACAAUGAGCAAUUACUAAUAGUAGUUAAUAUCUGCAAUUACCAACACUAUAAUGUAUUUUGUUGCCCGAGCUCACAUGUGCCAUGAUUUUCUUUUCCUAUACUCUUGAGGAAGCACAGAGAGCACUGAAAACAUGCUUAACAAGUUCAGUUCAAAACAUAGUAGCUAAUACUAUUUUGCAUUGUACAAUUUGACAUCUCAUCAGGAUCGUAUACCAAGACUAAGAUCGCCAGGUACGAUGCCAGCCUGUGUUCUAUCUACGAGUAUACCCUCUAGGAAGAACAUUGAACACGUUCUCUAUAAGUGCAGAUCUGUGGUAAACACCAACACCACAUACACCAGGAUUGUGAAAUUUGAUCCAGACUGUCUAGAUAUAUUGUCAAGAAUUUCCACUCCACGUUUCUAAUUACGUAUAUCAAACUCACGAAUAUGCGUAAAAUCUUUGUAUCGUUCUAUAAAAAAAUAAAUAUGUGGAUAAAAGUACUUUAACCUUGAAUUGAGUUUGAAAAAAGUUUAUGUAUGUAAUGUAAACGUACUGACUGUAAAUGAAGUACUUAUCUGUAGCUUAUCCACUGUCUUCCCCUUCCUAUAAAUGUCACACUAUACCAAACUACGUGGUUGUACUAUAAUAAUCAUGGUCACUACUUGUUUGUAAAUCACCUUUGCAAGAAAUACUUGUUGAUUUUUAUGUUUUGUACAUAAGCGCAAAUACAUGUUAUUUUUAUAUGAAAA